UGAUGACAAGCAAUUUUAACGGAUUCUAAAGGGAAUCAUAGAAUUCCAAACUCUUUUCUAUGGCGACACAGUUGGCAAUUUUGUAAACAAUACUUUUCGAACGUGUGUUGCCAAGAGACAUCUAACCGACGUUCUAUGGAACGUUUUCUGUGCGAAAACAACAUCUUCAGUUUGCUGCUGACAACAAACUUGAUUGGUUUUUGACACCUGAGAUAGAACAAUCUACUGGAAAAUGCCUGGGUGCUUUUCAAAACUGGCGGAGAGAGUGCGUGGACGUCUGCGGCCUACUGUGUCGACAGGUUGUUCAAAUUCAUUUGUGGCUUGUUUUUCUUGUCCUUUUCUGUUUUGCAGGGUUCGUGAUCGUCGACAGGUGGACAGCGACAGCAAAGAGGAAACGACUGUCCUGGAUGAGGUCCAGUUGGAUGUGCCAUUGGAUGAUUUGCCAGAUGUUCCACAGCUGCCAGUCCUCCUUGAUGUCCAGAAUGCUGCUAUCAUCCUUGACGAUGUGCCAGAUGUGCAGACUAUCCUUGAGGAGGCCACUGGCAAAUGGCAGUUGAUUCCGAUUAGGUUCAGCCCCCUGUACUGUGGGCCUGUUGUGAUCAGGAACAAUGCCGGUCCGGUGGUUAAAGCGUGGAGAACUUUCCAGUUCAUCAGCCCCAUCAUCACCUACAUGCGUGGGGGAUCCCAGCAGGUGGUGCUGAGGAUGCACCACGUGAGUAGGGUGAGAGGCCUGGAGACUCAACUGGUGUGGGCCAUCUCCAAGGAGACAGCCAGGCUUAGUCCAGAGGGCAUCCCCUACUGUGCCACCAAAGUGCAGUCCAUCACUUGGAUCCAGCGUGUGGCUGGCAGGGUGACCCACUAUGCGUCUCACCUCCGCCACGAGACGUCUGUGGACGUGACGCUUGGCUGCUACCAGCAGACUGAUGUCUCAGUGGUGUACGCCACUCUCCACAUGGGGCUGGACGGGCUUCUCUCAUCUUCAGCGUGGUCGGAGGCUGCCUCCUUCUCUACGUCCACCACUCAGCAGUUCACUGACCCAGAGCCUGAGGGCCACAACUGUUAUGAGGGCUGGGCGGAGGACCUGCUGCCUGAGGAGAGGGAGGUUCCUCUGCUAAACCUCUACCUUACCACCAAGAGAGUGGAGGACAUCGCCCUGAGGCUCGUCUCCCUGCGCCAGGCCUUCACUACCCUGCUUGGUUCCACCCUGAGCAGGAACCAUCUGUUUGUGGCGGGAAAGGUCCUCCUGGGCGCACUGGUUCAGGCCAACCACAUGGACGAGGCCAAGUUCCUCCGUGCCUAUAAGGACUUUGUGGACUACCUGAGUGACCCCUCCAAGCGGAAUGACAUUGAGAGGGAGCUGGCUGAGGCAAAGAUCCAUCAUGUGAACAUGAUAGAUGUCCUCUUUGAGCUGGUGCUGUUUGGGUUAAUGACAGCUCAAAAGUCCCUGAUGGUGCACCCUGGUGGGUUCGUGGAGCGUCUGUAGGCUCUCCUGUACUCCUUCCUGCUCACUGCUGCCAACAUGGAGCCAGAGGCUGACAGAUACCUGCUGCUGCUCAAUGUAAGAGUCAAUAGGUUACUUCCUGUUUACUUCCAUAUUCUUAGUGUUCUUCCUUUUUACUUCCUUAUUCAUGGUUAACCAGGUUCCAAUGCCAUUUUAGGGGGACUAUUUCUAAUUUUCUCUCUCCUCUUGAUAAGCUAGUAACUCCGAGCCCUUUUCUAUGUGUUGUGUGGUGUUCUCUUCAGGGCGGGCUGAUGGCUCUGCUAGAUGACAUGUUUGGCCAGCAGCUGGCCUGGUACUUUAACCCAGAGUCUCUGGUCACUGAGCUCUCCAGCCUCCUGGAGUACCACUUGGAGAACCUCAUGGCCAGCAUGUAGUCCUACUGCAGGGACCAUACUCCUUUCUCCUUCUCUCUUUUGAAGGAAUUGAGGACUUGAAGUGCUUUGUUGUACCCUGAUUAGUUAACACCCAUUCAUUUAAUGUAUUCUCUUGUUUUCUCUCCCCACAGGAUUCUUGUGACACUUUGCCGCCCAACAGGGAUCUAGACACCAAUGCACUACAUUACUUUGCACUGAAUUUUACAUUUUUAAAUAAAACAAGUUGUAAUUCAAAAACA